ACUUUGAUUUGAGGUUGUCUCUGUUUCUCUUUGUUUUUGCCAAUAAAACACUAACCUCAGUUACGGUUAAUUCAAUUUCAGCCGUUUGAUUCGUUGAGGUAAUGGCGUUUUGGCACCGAAUCGGAAACUCUAAGCUCAAACUCGCGUGCUUUCAGUUUCGCAGAUGUUACACUCAUUCUCCUUAUUAUGGUUCUUUCUUAAAUUCCACCCUCAAACCUCUUCCUAUGGUGAUGCCACAUCAGCAUUCGGUUUUCCAUGACAGACCCACAAUUGUUCGCAAUAGCGUAAGGUUUUUUGCUGCACCUGUUCAGUUUCAGGUAAAGCAGAAGAAUGAGGAGGAUGGCGGCGAUGGGCCACGGUUGAAUGACGAAAUCAAAGCUAAAUUUGUCAGGCUCGUGGUGGAUGAUGGACAUUCAAUAGUGUCAAGGUUUGAAGCAUUGAAUCGUGCCAGGAAGCUUAAACUUGAUUUAGUCGAGGUUCAGAAAAAUGCUAAUCCACCUGUAUGUAAAAUCAUGGACUACCACAAGGAAAUGUACAAGAAGAAAGAAAAUGAUAAGGAGCGUGCUAAAAGCAAGUCUGAGAUGACAAUGCGAAAGGAAUGUAAGGAAGUGCGAUUUUCUGAAAAAACCGAAUCAAAAGACCUUAAGAUGAAAGCAGAUAUGGUUAGAAAGUUAAUGGAAAAGGGUUAUCGGGUGAAGGUCAGGGCAACAGGCACCGCAGAUCAGGACAUGUUAGACUCAGUAUCUCGUCUUUCGGCUCUGAUAGAAGAUGUUUGUAUUGUGGAAAGUGGACCACAUUUGACAAGAAAAGAAGCCUAUAUAAUUGUCAGACAUGUUAAAUAUGGACCGGCUAAGAAAGGUGCGAAAAAAGUGCAAGAUGUGAAGGCUGAGGAGGUUGAUGUCGAACCAUCAACUGCCAGUUCUAGUGAUUCUAUUGAAUAUAAGAAUCAGAGUUCUCCCGAAAAUGGAUUCGAAUCACAGGAGGAAGCGAUCCCCGAUGGUAACAAGCUUUUUUCAUUCAACGACAGGAAUGAAUCAGUAUCUCCACCCGUGCUAGAAAAUAGGUAUAAAAAAGCUGAUAAUCGUGGCGAGAACAAGGUCCGAACUAACAUGCAAGUGCCCCCCGAUGUUACCGAGAAUAGGUACAAAAAAGCCGAGCCAAGAAACAGGUACCAACAAACAGCACCGAAUACAGGUCCAGGGACAAGAGACGCAAACAGGUACCAACAAACAGCACCGAAUACAGGUCCAGGGACAAGAGACGCAAACAGGUGGACACCUUCAAAUUUGAAUCGCGCAAGGAAUGUACCGGUAGAUAUUAAUGUUAAUCCCAAAAUUGAAAAUACAAAGCAAACUAUUAAUAGUCCUCAUCCUGGAUUAAGAAACUCGAUACCUUCUCGCGACGAUAUUCAUAAACAGCCUAGAGCUCCAAAUACAACAAGUCCUGGUUAUGGCCUUUUUAGUAGAGAUGCAUAGGAAUAGAGAAGGGAACUCUUAGUAUUAUUCUACUUGGAAACCUUUCAGAUGAUAUUCCAUAAAAAAAGGAAUGUCGGAAAUUCAUGCAUGGAGUAUAGAGGCUGGUAUCAAAUUGGAGCUAGAUUAGAGUGGAAAAUAAGUAUAUUAUAAUAAAAGGAAAAUUUUGGUCCAAUGUCACACACUAUGGAUAUAUGAUGUAGCAAUGAAUCGAGUCACUCCUCAGGCCUGCAACUGUAUUUUAAAUUUUAUUUUAUUUUACUUUAUGAAAAUGUUUUAUUUAUUGAGCUUAGUUUUCUAGGGAUUUUGCAUAAAUCUAAUAUUGGAUGGAAGUACUCAAAUUUGUUUGACUGUUGAGAAGGGUUUAUUUUUUUAUCACCCCUCUAGAAAUUUUUGUAUGAUUUGCUUAGUGAUUUUCCAAGAUCUCAACCUAGAGCGUGGCAAUAAUGUUAACUUUGUAUCAGGUAUUACAAUAGUAAUUAUAAUUAUGGGUAUGCUACAUUCUUAUGUUUU